AUGAAGUUAAAGUUUUUUCCAUCAUUAUGGUGGUUACUACUGGGCUCAUUAGUGUUUCCUCACUGUGCGCACACUUUAGUUUUCAAAGUUGGUGUUGUUGGACCAUGGAACUGUGACCCAAUUUUUUCCAAGGCUCUUCCAGGUAUGGCAGCCAAGCUGGCAGUUGAUCGAAUUAACAAACAUAGUUCCUUACACAACAGGUAUAAGCUCGAACAUGUGGUGCUUCAGGAUGAUUGCCAGACUUCAAAGGCACUCAGUAACUUUGUGGAGUUUGAAGAAUAUGCGUCUAUCUUUUUGGGUCCAGUGAACCCAGGCUAUUGUGAGGCAGCUUCACUUUUGGGCAAGAACUGGAAUAAGGGAAUCUUUUCAUGGGCCUGUGUUAACUUUCAACUCGAUAAUGCCAACAGCUACCCUACGUUUGUGAGGACCUUACAAUCACCUGUCAGGGUUUUGUUUAGUGUGAUGAAGCAUUUUCUCUGGGCUCAUAUUGGUAUCGUAUCUUCAAAUGAAAAUAUCUGGGUAGACACUGCCAACAAAGUAUCCAACGCUCUCAGGUACAAUGGACUUCCAAUUGGAAUUGUCACCUCGAUGGGAUUCACUGACGAAGAUAUGAUGAAAACCUUAACAAAGAUUAAAAAUGUUCCUGACCUUCGAAUUAUUAUCAUGUGCAUGCACUCAGUCCUCAUUGGAGGUGAGGAGCAGGCAGUCUUCCUGCAGAAAGCCCAUGACAUGGGGCUGACCGAUGGGAGGUUCGCUUUUGUACCAUAUGACACCUUACUUUACAGUCUUCCUCACAAGAAUACAUCUUACUCUGUGCUGAGGAACAACAGCAAGCUGCAAGAGGCUUAUGAUGCUGUUUUGACAAUAACAAUGGUGUCAGAAGAGAUGAGUUUCCAUGAGGCAUUCUUAAAGGCACAAGAGAACGGUGAAAUAGAGACAUUCCAGCAACCAGAGCAGGUUUCACCUCUCUUUGGAACAAUUUACAAUGGCAUGUACUUUAUCGCCAAAGCCAUGGAGAAUGUUCAGCGAGCCGGGGCCCAUGUUUCAGGAAUGACUCUUGCCAACUCCACCAGGAACCUGAAAUUCGCUGGAUUUAAUCAGCAGGUUGGAACUAACGGCCAAGGGGAAGGGGUAGUGAACUACGUCAUCUUGGACACUGAUGGAAGAAGUCACCAUCUGGUGCCCACCUACACCAUCAACAUGGCGAUGGAAAUAGUACAAGGCAGCAGUAAUACCAUUCACUUCCCUGGGGGCUCACCUCCAGGCGCCGAUUCCAGCUGUUGGUUUGAUCCAGAUGUCACUUGCACAGGAGGUAUUGAGUUAACAACUGUCAUACUGGUUUUUGGAUUAAUCUGUGCUCUUGUAUUAUGUGGACUUAGCCUGACCUACAUCAUCAGACGCCGAAUCCAGAUGAUCCAGAUGGUGAAAGGGCCAAACAAGAUCAUAAUGACCCUUGAAGAUCUCACCUUCAUCAAUCCACAGCUCAGCAAGAAGAAAAUAAACCUGGAAGAGUUGAGUGAUGGAAGAAGUGUAUCUGAAAGGAAAAGUCUCAUAUCUGGAGCUCACUCAUUUUCGGACAAAAGCCUCAGUACAGUUAACCAUGAGAAUUCUAAUGUAGCACUGUAUGAGGGGGAUUGGGUCUGGCUAAAGAAAUUUGCAUCUGGAAGUCUCUGCGAGGUACAGAAAUCUACAACAAACAUACUGAGAAAGAUGAGAGACUUGCGUAAUGAGAAUGUGAACCCUUUUCUGGGCUUCCUCUGUGACAGCGGAAUGUUGGCCAUUGCGAGUGAGCACUGCUCCCGGGGAAGUCUUCACGAUCUCCUCAGAAAUGAUGAUGUGAAGCUUGACUGGAUGUUCAAGUCCUCCCUCCUAAUGGAUUUAAUUAAGGGAAUGAAGUAUCUACACCACCGGGAAUUUCCCCACGGACGCUUGAAAUCGCAAAACUGCCUGGUGGACGGAAGGUUUGUGCUGAAGAUUGCUGACUACGGUUACUUGGAGUUGUUGGAGACACAGAAAGUUCCACAAGAGAAACAGCCAGCAGAAGAAUUAUUCUGGACAGCUCCUGAGUUCCUGAGAGAUCCCGAGUUAUCCAAGAAGGCAACGCUGAAAGGAGACUCUUACAGUUUUGCCAUCAUUUUACAGGAAGUCGUGGUGCGGGGGUCUCCUUAUUGCAUGUUAGGCCUUAGCCCUGAAGAGAUUAUUAGGAAGGUGAAGAAGCCACCCCCUAUGUGUCGACCCACUGUCUCUCCGGACCAAGCCCCAUUGGAGUGCAUUCAAUUGAUGAAACAGUGCUGGAGUGAACUACCUGAGAGGAGACCUACCUUUAACGAGAUCUUUGACCGAUUCAAAACCAUAAACAAGGGGAAAAAGACAAAUAUCAUUGACUCAAUGCUUCGAAUGCUUGAACAGUACUCCAGCAACCUCGAGGAUUUAAUCCGUGAACGUACUGAAGAACUAGAAGUCGAGAAACAGAAAACUGAGAAACUUCUGUCGCAGAUGUUACCUCCAUCUGUUGCUGAAGCUUUGAAAACAGGUGGGAAUGUGGAACCUGAAUAUUUUGACCAGGUGACCAUCUACUUUAGUGACAUUGUUGGCUUCACAACCAUAUCGGCAUUGAGUGAGCCUAUACAGGUCAUUGACCUCUUGAACGACCUCUACACAUUGUUCGAUGCUGUUUUAGGUAAUCACGAUGUUUACAAGGUCGAAACUAUUGGUGAUGCUUACAUGGUGGCAUCAGGUCUCCCGAAGAGAAACGGCAAUAAGCACGCUGCUGAGAUAGCCAAUAUGUCCCUGGACAUCCUCAGCUCAGUGGGUACCUUCAAAAUGAGACACAUGCCUGAUGUUCCCAUCAAGAUAAGGAUAGGGAUGCAUUCAGGGCCAUGUGUGGCAGGAGUUGUGGGACUCACCAUGCCCAGAUACUGCCUCUUUGGAGAUACAAUUAACACAGCUUCACGCAUGGAAUCCACAGGCCUGCCUUAUCGAAUUCACGUCAACCAGAGCACAGUGAGGAUUCUCCGGAGUUUGAAUGAAGGUUAUCGAAUACAGGUCCGAGGGAAAACCGAGUUGAAGGGCAAAGGUAUAGAAGAAACCUACUGGCUUGUCGGAAAGGAUGACUUUACUGCCCCUUUACCUGAGCCUCCAGUAAUCAAACCAGGGUAA